UCCAUCCUCAUCUUCUGCCCCUUCGCUAUCCCACCAAAAGACACAGACGCAGCAGUAGCAGCUGCUGCAGGACUUCGCUUUUCUGCGCUCCCAAUGGUCCACUUGGGUGAGCUCCCUCUCCAGUCCUCCUGGGCAGCAGCCGUGAACAAUUAACUCCUGAGACUGAAUCUGAUGUGUGUCUUUGCGUUGGGACACACCUCAUCCCUCAUCCCAACAAGGUAGGUAGCCUAUCCCUCGUGAAGGCCAGGCCCUUUGAGGAUAUAAUCUUUUCCUCGUCCCUGGCCAGCCCUGCCUUUCUUCAUUGUUGAUUGAAUGAAUCAUAUAGAGAAAUCAUUAUGUUUAUGUAUAUAAUCUUGUCCUUACAUUAAUUUGGAAGAUUGACAAAGGUGGCGAGGACGCCUAUCUCGUCAGCACCUUCAAUGGUGGUGUUCUUGCUGUUGCUGAUGGUGUUUCUGGAUGGGCUGAACAGAAGGUUGACCCUUCCUUAUUUUCUCGGGAAUUGAUGACUAAUGCUUCGUCCCUGUUGGAACAGCGGGGACUUGAGGAGACAUGCAUUGCUGGGUGGCUUAGGUUGGGAAAUCAGCCUGUUGCUGCCUAUUUACAUAUUUUUGCUUGCACGUCUCAGUUCAGCUAUGAUCCCCAGAUGCUCUUGAAAGAAGCACAUGCUGCAACCUCUUCUGUAGGUUCGGCUACCGUAAUAAUAGCCAUGUUAGAGAGAGGCAGGAUCCUGAAGAUCGCAAAUGUUGGGGACUGUGGACUGAGGGUGAUCCGCCAGGGUAAGGUAGUAUUUUCAACGUCCCCUCAAGAGCAUUAUUUUGAUUGCCCACACCAGUUAAGUUCUGAGGUGGUCGGCCAAACAUACCUCGAUGCUGUGAUGAGCACAGUGGAAGUAAUGGAGCAAGACACCAUUGUUAUGGGAUCGGAUGGCCUUUUCGAUAAUGUGUUCGAUCAUGAAAUCGUUUCAGCUGUAACAAGAUACAGUGACGUUUCAGAAACCGCAAAGGCAUUAUGUGAUCUGGCUAACACACACUCGAUGGAUCCCAGCUUCGAUUCUCCCUACUCGGUGGAGGCCAGAGCAAAGGGUUUUGACAUUCCCCUAUGGAAGAAAAUUCUGGGGAUGAAGCUAACAGGUGGAAAACUUGAUGACAUUACCGUGAUUGUCGGUAGAGUUGUUAGAACACAGUCAGCAGCCUGAAACACAAACACGCGGCUUAUCAGAAUGAAAGUUUGGUGGCUCUCUUGGGAUUCCACCUUGCAUUCCUGAUCAAUGUGUUCCAUUCUUCCCAAAUGACGAAGGCAGAGGGUUCCUUCCCUCUAUCUCUAUCUUGAACGCUGUCCUCGUCAAAAUGAAAGUACCGAAUUGAAUGCAAUUUCACCA